GGACUAAUCACCUCGAAGUUUCAUAAUACUAUUUCUCAAUUACUUAAACCCCUUCUUCACUUUCUUUCUUUCCUCCCAUUUGUAGAAAACACACACACACACACACACACAUCACAAGUCACAACUACUAGAACACAAGCACAACAUCAUAGCAUACUAUACUAUGCAUUUCCAUUUCUCCUACCUCUCCUAUCUCUACAAAUCAAAGCAUAGCUAAACACCACACCUCUCCACCUUAGCUAACAAAAAAAUGGCAUUUCUAUUUGUAGACAGUUUAGCCAAGAACAACAGUAGAUUUGUACAGAUCUCAUGCAAAAUCCUAGAGCUUCUCUUCCUCUCAAUGGGCCUCGUCUCCACCAUCCUCUUCCUCAAAGACGCGUUGAAUCUUCCUCAGUAUUGCAAAACCAUUUUCUCAACCGCGACCGAGUUCUGGAGCUCCAUCAAAUGCUUCUUUUCCUCUUCCCCCACCACCAUCACCGCCGUCACCAUCAACCUCAUGAUCCUCCUCAUAUUCGCCUCCUCCCGCCGCCGCCACCACCUAGAAACCACCACCAGCAACUAUAUUCUUGGCCAUGUUGAUACUGAUCUUGAAUUCCAAAUUGACCAUGAUCAUGAUUUUGAUCUUGAUCAAGACCAAGACCAUGAUCAUGAUCAAUCACCCUUGAUCCUUGAACCGCCGCCGCUCCCGCAGCCAUCUGCGCCGCCGAUUUGGGACGUCAUAGAAGUAACUCCACUUUUGCUGCUGCCAUCUGACGUGGCGCAGCCUAUCCUCAUCAGAGACAGCAACGCGACAAAUUGGUACGAUGAUGAUGUCUCAAAUCAAGACAGUUCUGUUGGGUUACAAACCCAUCUCAUAUCAAAUGUGCAGUCGACAGUACUAACAAGUAGUACCGCAGUUGCAACGAUUGAAAAAUGGAAGGAUGCGCUGAUCAUCGAAAAGGAGGCGGAGGAGAGAGAAGCGACGGAUCAAGAAGAGGACAACACGAUGGAUGCCACGUGGGAGGCGAUCACUGGGGGAGGGAAGCCGAAGCAGAAGCUGAAGCCGAAGCUGAAGCAGAAGAAGAAAUUAGGACUCAAGAAGAGUGAGACGUGGGAGGAGGCGGUGUCGCAGCGGCGGCGGCAGCCGAGGCGGCUGGACUCGGAGGAGGUGGUGCCGACAUCGCCAAAGUGGAGGGAGCUGAGGAAGGCGGAGACGUUCAACGACGCGGUGUCGGCGACGAGGAGAGGAGGGCUGGUGAGGAGAGAUCCGUCGAUGAGUCUCGAGGAGUUUAAUCUGAAGGUGGACAGAUUCAUCAAGAAUUUCAACGACGAAAUCCGGCUGCAGAGGCAGGAAUCUUACCAGAGAUACUUGCGUAUCAUCAACCAGCGUGGCUAGUAGUAGCUAAAUUGAGUCGAUUUCUCACUUGAUUUGCAUUAUUGAUCAUGCAAUGCAAUAUAUUGGUAAAUAUAGUAAUCCGUUGCAGAUUAAUUCUCUUUCCAUAAAUUUAUUAGUAGGAUAGGAUGAUUAUUUCUAAGCAAUAUGUUCGAAUGCAAAGAAUAAAUCUAGAAUUAAUCCAAGAUCUUGGAAAUGGAAUUGAAUUGGAAUUGAACUGUUUGGAAAUGGAA